AUGUCAUCACCAUCAUCUCAAACAGUGUCGCCACUACCACCAUCAUCAUCGUCCUUAUAUCGUUCAAAUGAACUUGCUAACUUGACCACAGCUUCGCAAUUCACGUCGAAUUCAACAAGCUUUGCACCACUUCAUCGAACGGUCGAGGUCGAAAAUCUUCACGAUCAUAUCGAUGACAAUAAUGAGCAACAGCCACCCACAGCGUCGAAGAAAGUUUUGACAAAAUAUGUUCUUCAUAACUCUCGCUCCUCGUCUUUUACAUCAAUAAAUAAACAGAUUCAUGAAAUUCGAGCUCAUCUCAAAUUCCGAAACAAUUAA